UAGAUGGUCGUCAAACUAACAACCGGUUGUUGUAUAUAAGCUUUAAAUGUUUUGAGGAAAAUAAGAAAGAAAAUAUUAAAACGAAAGUGAAAAUAUUAAAGAGUGUAUGUUGCAAGGAAAAAGGAUACGAAACAUGUUCUGUGAAAGUGUACUUGCAACAUGUUUGUUAUAAAGUUUAAGCAAAUAUAAGCGGGCAUGAAGAAAAUACGUUUUGCCUUGUAAUAUAAACUAACAGUUAAAUUAGAUUCUUAAUGAAAAGUUAGUCUACGUCGGUUACUUGUCGGUUAAAGCUUAAAGUUAACGGAAUAAAUAAAAUAUAAUAGAAAAAACAGUUUAUGAGAAAAAUUGAACAAUUUACCACAUACAAGUUUCUCAACAAAAAAAAUUUAAUAAAAAACUAAAAUAAAAUUGUUUAAAAACAACAUAAAAUACAAUUUACCUUAAGGUUAAAUGCUGUAAAAACGCUGUUAGUGACAAGUGUAUACAAAAUAACAAAAAUCGAAAAUAAAGAAACAUAAAAAAGCCAUAAAUUCGUUAACCCAAACCUCUGUUUAUUAAAUUGUUUUGAAAGCAACAAAAAAAAACCAAUACAAUUUUUUUUUUGACUUAUAACUCGAGCCUACGCUGGCAAAAUUUAUUGUGCAAAAAAUAUUAAAAGUUUAAACUUUAACAACUGGCGCAACUGCAGCUGAUAUGCAAUUUUGGAUUAUAAAAUUAAAUGAUUUCACCUUUAAAACUCUACAACAAAAAUGACUUAAUUUUAAAUAAAAUCUAAAAAAAUAAACUUGAAAAAUAAAAUGCCUUUCUUUUCCUUGUUAUAAAGUCUACAUAUAACAGAAAAGUAACGCAAGUUAUAAAAGCCGGAAUACGUGAUUCUACUUCUACGCUCUCUCUAAUCCACUGCAAUGCUUGUUUAACAACUUUAACUAAACUGAAUGACAUUUUAACUAAAAAAAAAAUUAUAGAAAAGUAAUGUUCUUCAAGUAAACUUUUACGCUAAGCCAGCAAAACAUCAUUUGUGUCACAAAUAUUGACGAAGAGAAAAAAAACAAAUCUACAGGAAACUAAAAAAAACUAGAAGAAGAAUACAAGUAGCAAAGAAUAAUGUUCUGGUUCUGGUAUCAAUAUCUGUUGGGGUCUUUGCGAGAUGUUGGUAAAUGUGAUGGCUGACGGGCAAAUAGCAACGUCUUUGUUACAUCAGUGUAAUUUAAACUACCAGCAAAUAAUAUACUAUUAUGAACAAAAACUAGAACUACUAACAACGACAACAAUAUUGUCAUUAUUACCAGCAGCUAUUACAAACAUAACAACACAAGUUGCAAAUAGUCAAAAAAUAAGAGAAAUCGUUAAAAACAGUGAAGAGAAACGCUGGAAGUUAGAAAGCAUCUUUUGUGCUAAAAAAUAUUUAAAAAAAUGGAUAAAAAUUAUAGAAAUUUAAAAAGUGUAUAUAAAAAAUUUAAUUGUAAUUCAUGGUUACAACAAACGGCCAACAACAAACUACUAAUAUUACUGGUAGUGAAUACAUUUCAACACCAAUUAUUGAGUUACCGCCAUGAAUGAAACAGAGUGUGAUAAUUUAAUCAAGUCGGUAAAAUGGACGGAACCCUCAAAUUUGAUCUCACUAGCGAUACUCGAAUUUAUCAAUGUCUUAGUCAUAGGAGGAAAUCUUUUAGUUAUUGCCGCUGUUUUUUGUUCAAAUAAAUUGCGCAGCGUUACCAAUUUUUUUAUUGUUAAUUUAGCCGUUGCUGAUUUACUAGUUGGUUUAGCUGUUUUGCCAUUCUCCGCAACAUGGGAAGUAUUUAAGGUUUGGAUAUUCGGUGAUGUUUGGUGUCGCAUUUGGUUAGCUGUCGAUGUCUGGAUGUGUACCGCUUCAAUAUUAAAUUUAUGUGCCAUUUCUUUGGAUCGUUAUGUCGCUGUAACACGACCCGUUACCUAUCCCAGCAUUAUGUCUACCAAAAAGGCAAAAUCUUUAAUAGCUGGUAUUUGGGUUUUAUCAUUUGUUAUCUGCUUCCCACCGUUAGUUGGUUGGAAAGAUCAAAAGCCCAUGCUACAACCAACUUAUACAAGAGGAAAUUAUACGCUUUAUUAUGCCACUAGUGCUACAACAAUAUCAUCGGAGUCAUCAUCAACAACAACAACAUCAUCGUCGUUAAUAGGAGUAGUAGCACCCACAUCAACAUCACCAUCAUUAAAACACAAAGGAAAGAGACAAAGAAAAUUUUUAAAAACCACCACAAAUGCUCCCUACACAAUACACUCAUCACCAGCUACAGCACCUGUAUCGAUAGCCAAGGCUUUAAGGCACACAAGAAGAACUUCAGCCAAGUCAUCAUCAUCAUCACUGUAUACAUCGUCAUCAUUGUAUAAUUCAUUUAAUCCAUAUGAUCCCUACUAUGCACAUUUACAAAAUCAUAAUACGGGUGAUAAAAAUGUAAAUAAUCGGGUUGCUGCUGUUGAUGAUGAUGACAAUUCUCCUGCUGGCAUUAACGACAACAACAGCAACUACAACUACCACUAUUCAAAUGAGAAUGCUGACGCAGACAACAGUAAAGUUGCGGGUGCUGAUGAUACUUCUGCUACUGAUUUAGUUGACGAUGAUGAAUACACUUUAACAACAAGUGACAGUUCAGAAAGUAGUAGUAUCCGUUAUAAUAAUGAUCCAACUUCAGCUAUGUAUUACGAUACAGCAGAUUCCGGUCGCGUGAUGAUGAAUGGUGCUGAAACAUUACCAACUACCACAACCUAUACAUCAUCGCCAUCAUCAAUGUCCUCGUAUGCAGCACCACCACCACCCUGCCCCUGGAAAUGUGAGUUAACAAAUGAUCGUGGAUAUGUUUUAUACUCUGCUCUGGGCUCUUUUUAUAUACCGAUGUUUGUUAUGUUAUUCUUCUAUUGGCGCAUUUAUCGGGCAGCUGUGCGAACAACACGUGCCAUUAAUCAAGGUUUCAAGACUACAAAGGGCAGUCCACAUGAGUCACGUACAAAUCGAGUAGAUGAGACACAACUGGUGCUGCGCAUACAUCGUGGUCGACCCUGUUCUACGCCACAAAGAACUCCACUCUCCGUGCAUUCCAUGUCUUCUACGUUGAGUGUGAAUAGCAACAAUGAGGAAAUGUAUCCUUUGCAACAUCAUCAUGCCAGUGUGCCACAUCAACUGAGUGCCACUCCUAAGAGAGCCACCUCAAUGAGAGUUCCUAGAACAAAACAUGAAAAAGUCUCCAUAAAAGUAUCAUUUCCAUCCUCGGAAAAUAUGUUGGAUUCCACCACUUCCAUCAAUAGUACACCGCCGGCUUAUGCCUCAGUGGUGAGCAGCACCGCCACCAACACACAACAGUCGGCAUCCACGUCACUGAUCAAUGGUCGUAGAAGUUCCUUUAAGAGUAGUCUAUUCGAAAUUGGAGAGACCACCUUUAAUGUUGACAACAACGAGCAUGUUGACACUAAUACUCCCUCACACUCAAAUAAAUUAAUGGAAUCCCACACCGAUAGUUUGCUUAAGAAGUCGGAUAAAAAGCAUAGAGGCAAAAGAUCGGUCAAGUUCCAAGUGAAACGUUUUAAGGUUGAAACUAAGGCUGCCAAAACUUUGGCCAUUAUAGUGGGUGGUUUCAUUUUCUGCUGGUUGCCAUUUUUUACCAUGUACUUAAUAAGAGCCUUCUGUGAUCACUGCAUACAACCAACCGUCUUCUCUGUGCUCUUCUGGCUCGGCUAUUGCAACUCGGCCAUAAAUCCUUUAAUUUACGCCUUAUUUUCACAUGAAUUCCGUAUUGCCUUUAAGCGUAUUGUUUGUCGCUGUGUUUGUACACGCAGUGGUUUCCGUGCCUCGGAAAAUUUCCAAAUGAUUGCAGCACGAGCCCUUAUGGCACCGGCUACAUUUCAUAAAACUAUUUCGGGUUGUUCCGAUGAAGGUGAUGGUCCAGACUUUAGUUGACUAAUGAUAAUAAAUGAUGAAGGUGGAGAUAUUGGUACCGGUGAUGUUAAUGGAGAUGGCAUUGAGGCGGAAGAGGGUAAUGAAAAUGCUUCACUACAACAACAACAACAGAGCUCAAAAAUGAAACACAAAACAGCAACAACAACAACAUCACUGCCAAACAAUGAAAAGGUGUUGGAAGUGAAGCCAGUGAAAGGGGAGUUGAGCGAAAAGAUGAGUGCGAGUGUGAUGAUGGCUCGCAAUAAUUCAGCAAAUAAAAGUGGCCGUCGUGGUGGUUUUUGUAAAGGUAAAAUUAUGUACUAACAACCCUCUAAUGCUGGGUAGAGUUUUUUCGAAUAUAUGUAGGUACAUAUAUUUUUUUAUAUUUUUUUAAGAUAAGAAUAAUGAAUUUUGUAUUUUUGUUCAUAUAAGUUUACAGUAAUGCAGAUUGAAAUCUAAAUUUAUUUCUUUUUUGAAUGCUAAAUUAAGAAAUCAAAAAACCAGUCAUCAAUCAUGCUAUUCUAGACGAGUGUAAAUUGAAUGAAAAUAUUACUUUGUUAAGGAGAUUUUUCUUUUUUGUAAAAUGUGAUAAAAAAUAUACACUUACUUUUCUUUAAUAAAUAAAAAAUACGUGUUAAGCCACACGAUACCGAAAAUUGACUUAAAAAAGAAGAAAAAUGCAAGCGAUGAAUAAGUACAUCAAAAGUAAAGCCUGCUUGUCACAGGAAGGAUGCCCAUCGCAAUGAUUUAUUGUCAUAGAAUAACUUCAAUGGGCGUAAUGUUUAAGUUACGAAAUUUUUCCCCGCUUGAAAUAAUUUUGUUUACUGGAUGAUUUAUAAUAGGAAUUAUAUGGGAAAACUGUUUAAUAAACCAUUGAUAACUUUAAUACAGGGGAAAAUAUAAGACAUCAUAGUUUAUAAUCUAGUUUGAAUUGAUGUUCACAUCGUUCAGACUUAUGCCAAUCGAUAGUUCUAUCGAUAUUUUAAAAUGUUGACAGAGCAGUAUCGAAAUACAUAAGAAGUCAUUGCUCUCACUGAGAUUCAAAAGACAGCGAUAGGUAAAUGAAAUCUCGACUAUAGUGGGGAGGGUAUUAUAUGUUUGUUCUGAUGUUUGUAACACCCAAAAAUGCCCUUAAAGUAUACGGCUCAGAAUCACUUUCUGCAUCAAUUUAGCUAUGUCCGUUUGUCCAUCUGUCCGUCUGUGUGUCCAUUUAAAUCUUGUGCGCACGCUACAUGUAGCAAUUUUCAAGAUAUUUUGCUGAAAUUUGGCACAAACUCUUCUUUAUACCCAAGGUUAAAAUCGUUCCAUUAUAUCGCAUAGCUCCCAUACUACGGCUUUUGAGCUCAUAAUUAUGUUAAUUUUAAUAUUAAGAUACAAGAUCUCUCUAAAAAGUCUUAACCCAAUCCCUAAUAUAAAAUCCCCUUCAGAAAAUGACUUGAUGGUCAAAAUUCACAUAUAAACACUAAUAACCAUAUUAAGCCCAUGUCUCUAUAUAACCCCUUUUUUAGAAAAUCUACCUUUUUGUCGACAAAUUGUUAAAAUAUUUCUGAAUAAUUAAAUUUUUUAAAAUUUUCAAUUGUGUAGGGUAUCAUAUGGUCGGCCAUGCCCGACUACAAAUUCUUAGAUGUUUUAUAUGAAUAUGCUCACAUUCACUUAUCGAUCGGAUAUCUGUCGUGGUAGACGUACUACUGGAAACUUAUUAUCGGAAAGACAUUGUAGUAGUGCUGUUAAAGUAUUGAGUAGUGGGUAUCGAGUAUUUGCCCUAUUUUUUGGGUACUCAAUAAUAAAAAGUAGUUACUCAAUACUUUCAGACUUGUAUAUGGAUUUAACUUAAUUAAAUUCCUCGUUUUUAAUUUAAAAUAAAACCGUUAAAAGUAUCGAGUAGUAUUGAGUACCCAAACGAAAAGUAUUGAGUAGUAUUGAGUAAUCAAAAGUAGUAGAAUAUUACAGCACUACAUUGUAGUUCAAUUCAUCAUAUUUCAAUCGUAAAAGGAAAAUGGGGACGAUUGUAAAUUCCAAGGCAUUCGAUAAAGUAUGGCAAGCUGUUUAAUAACGUUCUCUCGAACGUUUGUUAUAGAAGGAAUCUUUUAAAAAUAUGUCAAACUGCCAACUCUAUCUAUACUUCUCCAGGUGGAACAGAAAUUGUUCUUUUUAUUCUUACAAUAAUGACAAUCUCCGAAUAGAAUCGUGCUAAUUUCUCAUUGUAAAGCAUAAACUCACAAAUUUGAUUCUGGACAUGAGAACACAUUAUGAUAUUAAGAAGGGCAAAGGUGUUGAUUGCUGACAGUAGGGUAUUUUAUUGAUUCACUGUGGUGUAUUUUAUUUCUUUAUACUUUUAGGAACUGUUAUAAAUUUUAGGAAUUGUUUUUUAUGAAGAACAUUUCCAGUUUAGUUGACACUUAAUUAUUAGUCUACCACAACUUUCUAAUUAAUCUACAUAUAUAGAGUAGACAAAAAUGUAUCUUUUGAUUAAGAUAAUAUAGUCUGAUGUUCGCCUCCGCGUUCUAAAGAAGAUGUUUAUCGAAGAUAGUAAGGUAUUGCCCUCUAUGGAUUCCCUGGAAAACUGUUGCAAUGUAUUGCUUGUUAGAAUUUGUUACUUUGAAAUUAGGGAACAUGUUUAUCAUCAUGAACACUCCCAUUAGUACUUGAUCGUCUAGUGGACUUGUCGUACUAUUCACAUGUGAAACAAACUUCUUGAUGAAAUCUUGAUGAAGAAUUUGAUGUUCUGGAUAUGUAAGUAAUAUGGUUUUCACUUAUUGGUGAUAGCAGAGUAUCCAAAUUUAUUGAUUCACUUAAGAACCAUCUUGGCUUAGGUUGUGUUUCUUUGUUUUACAAACAUUAUAAUGGAAUUGGUUCAUCGUUUAUAAACACCACACCCAUUAGUGGUCGAUUGUAUGCACAACAUACUAUAUUUUUUUUUCAGUCGUACUGAAUGCAUUUGAAGCAAACUUCUUAAAUAAUAUGUGUUAAGAAAUCAGAAAUGUAUAUUUUGUACAUGAAAACACAGAAUGAUGUUCGCGACUGCAUAGAUGACUGCAUAGAUGAUUUUAAAUACUAACUAUAAAAGAAACAGUUUUUCUGAAAAACAGAUCGUUUUUCAAGAACAUACCAAUUUUUAGUGGAUUGCGCAACACACUAUAGAGUAAAGCCCCCUUUACACGAGCACACAAGUAAUAUGAUCUGUCAAAAUUUUGUGUAGAAGAGUACAGAUGGGAUCGUCCAAACGCAAUAUGUAAUGAAACCAUCACAUAUUGAGAGAAAAUACGAAUGGGUAAUUUGACAGUCGCGUGACUCUCUUAAUUAUUUGCAAUAAUUCAGCUGUUUCCAUCUUACUUUGUUAUAGUUUAAAACUAAUCGUGUAGACACAAAAAAUAUAAAUCAUACGACUUUUAUUCUCUUUUUUGUCGUACGGAUCGAAUUUCAUUUUCAUUUUCAUUAGAAUUUAGGUACGUAAAGUGUGAUCAUGUAAAGGGCCUUUAAAUUCGUUCUUGCCGUUUUAGAUGUUUGAAUAAUUAAAUCCUAUAUCUAAAAUAUUACCCAUUCUUUUUUACCUCCCAAGUCUCCUAUUACCAUUAAAAUAUAUCGAUAGGUGGCAGGUUGAAGAAGGAAGUGGUUUUGCUCUGAUACCCUACACCAGUUAUUAAUACUAAAUGUGAUUUAUUUUUCAUAAUAAAGCAUUUAUCUUUGUAUGGGGGCUAGGGUCAAAUGAAGUCCGAAAUUCGGCAACGUCAUCAAGGCUUGUAUAAAACUUAGUUGUGCGAACUUUCAUCGAGAUACAUUUAUAUUAUACAUAAUUAUGAGCUCAAAAGCCCUUUUCGGGGGGUUCAGUUGUAUGAGGGCCAGGUGAAAUGAUGGACCGAUUUGAACCAUUUUCAAUAGCUUUCGUCCUUGGGUCAAAACAAAGGUGUAUAUUGAAAAUUACGAACUGUACAUUGAUAACAACGUUUACAUUGACACAUGGAUGGUCGGACGGACGGACAUCGUUAAAUCGACUCAGAAAGUGAUUCUGAGUCGAUCGGUAUACAUUAUGGUGGGUAAAGUACUAAUAUUUUAAUGCGUUACAAACAUCAGCACAAACGAAUAAUACCCUUCCCACUAUAGUCGUGUAGGGUAUAAAAAGGUAAAUCUCUUGGAUCUUCUUAAUUAACAGGACAGCAUUAGUUACAGUUUUUGUAAAUAACAAUUGUAAAAUAACCAUUAUUUGCAAAUGUUGCAAAAGAAGCUUAAAGCUUCUUAUGAGAAAUGUUAGUAUUUUUAUAGUUUUUCAUCAGCAAAACCUCUUCUUUUUCAAUUGUUUAUAACCAAAUAAACAUAGUCUCAAUAAAAGCAUUAGAGGGUUGUAUAUUAAAUAAUAAAAAUUAUAUUCAAAACAAAUAUACUAUAAAUAACAAUAUUUUAAAACAGAAAUAUAAUUUUACAAUAUUUGAAGAAUUUAUGAAAAUUUAAAAUAACACAUCAAAAAAUUUAACAUAAAACCUAAAAAAGACUCUUCGUAAAAGAAAAACCCCAUAAGAAUUUUGCCAAAACCCUAAAAGUAUGCCAUUUUUAUUAAACACAUUAUGUAAAAAAAUACUGUAAAAUUGUAAAUGAUUAUUAAUGAAUAAUUGUAUUGCAUAAUAGUUGCAUAUUGUAUAGUGUUUUUAAACAAAUAAAUAUUAAACGAAAUUGUAAACAAAUGGCAAUAAUUUUUACUUAAACAAUUUUUUUUUAUAAUUUUUAAUAAAUAUAACUAUUCAGUGUUAUUA